AUCUUUCUAGAGGUUUCUUAGAAUAGCAAAAUACUUUAUGACGUAAACUCUGAAAUGGUAUAAAUUUCAUUCAACACAUAGAUUUAGUAGAAAAAAAGAGUUAUUCGACUAAAAGCGCAAGCAAAGUGUAAAAAAGUUUUUAAAAGAGUUAGAAAGUAAAAAUGUCUUUGUGGCACGUUCCUGUUCAUAAAUAUUUUCAAACCGAUCCAUUCUUGGAUGAUUUACUGGAAAUAACUUUCCCUCCUACGAGAUAUUAUCCUUUAUUUAAUGUUGGAGCCAAUGCUGUUUCGAAAAAGAAGGCUUCUCCAAAAGAGAAGGGUUUUGUUGUGAAUCUUGAUGUCAAGCACUAUAAGCCAGAGGAAGUUGCUCUAAAAGUAGAAGGUCAAGUUCUUGAAGUAAGUGGAAAGCACCGUAAUGAAAAUGAAAAUGGGUUUGAGUCUAGUGAAUUUCACAGGAAGUACACUAUACCAGAUGAUGUUGAUGUAGCAGCUCUAACUUCAAAUAUCAGUCAAGACGGUAUUUUGCAUAUAGAAGCUCCAAAGAAGCUCCCUGUAACGUCUGAAUCUGGAGAAUCAACAAAGGAAACUUUUAAAUGCACUUUGGAUGUACAAGGCUUCAAGCCAGAAGAAAUUUCGAUUCAAGUAAAAGGUAGAGAUUUAGUCGUUCAUGGUGAAACAAAAACUGAAAACAGCGGUGAGCACGGUUCAAGUUACCACCACAAGCAGUUUACCAAACACGUAGCUUUACCAGAUGAUGUAGAUCCGGCUGAAUUAAGUUCUCGCUAUACAAAAGACUCUAAAUUAACAAUCGAAGCUCCGCGAAAGCAGCUUCAGGCUCCACUCACACUAGAAAUCAAAAUGGAAGAAUAAGUGUUGGACAGAUGAUGUCCUUUAUAUUGUUAUUAUCUAAAUGUUAAGUAGAAAAUGAUAUACUUUUUAAAUAGCUUUUUUUUAUUUGUAAAUCUUGUAGUAAUAGUUUAUUUGAAAAUAGAAAAAAUUACAAAUUAA